AUGAAUUCAGUGCCAGCACAAGGUCAAGAACCCCGUGAACCAGACCAACAUAGUGAAUGGCUGUCAUCAAAUCUUGGGUCACCUCUAGACCAACAGUCAGAGGAUGAUGAAGAGCCUACAGGUGAUGCGGUGCGACUCAAGGGUCACUUCACAUCGUCGGAUCUCUUGAAUCCUUCUGAUGCUUUGGAUCUGCUGGCUCAUGUGGCUGAUAUGGAGCCCGAGGGACAUGCACAAACGCAAGAUACUGAAGGGGAUCCCGAAAAUUCGACAAGGAUGGCAAACAUAUCCCAGGGUGUUUGUGACUAUCCACCUGUUACCUCGGGAGCAUUGACCCUUUCCGAGGCAUCCUUUCUCAUUGAACACGCAGCCUUCGACUCCAGCCGUAUCCUAGAACUCAUCGAGCACGAACCAUACCUCAUCACAGCAAUCCUCACCGUCGCCACAAAAGAUGAUCCCUCGUGGUCCAGGGCCCAUAAUGCCUGUGCAAGACACAUGGAGACUCAAAUCUCUAAGCUGAUAUACACCGGCUCUACUACAGUCGGUGCUGUAGAAGCAUUGUUGAUACUCGCUGAAUGGGCACCUCAGCCACUGGAAGAGAACCUCAUGAUCGGGUGCGGCAAAGAGGACCAGGGAUCUUGGAUGCUUGUUGGUGUUGCUAUUCGUCUUGCAUAUCUUCAGAACCUUGAGCAGACUGGUCUUGUACAGAGAGUCGAAGGUGCACCGGAUCAUCUCAGUAGAAAAAGGAUAGCUUGGGCUGCUUGCUAUAUGAGCGAUCGUCAAGUUUCAAUACGACUUGGAAAAGGAUUCUGGUCUCGUGGACCAGGUCCAUCCGUGAAUCUCCGAGCCGCCGACUUUCCAUAUCUUCAAACACAAAAGCUGGGCAACGAUAACCUCGCUCUACUUUUUCAAGCACAUCUUGAAAUUACUCAGUUAUUCAGUAACGCACAUGAUAUCUUAUACUCGUCAUCAAGUCAUAGAGAGCAGCUAUACAUAGGAGGAGAGUACGUGAGAUAUAUAGACGACUUCUCCUCAGUCCUUCGCAGAUGGAAACUCUCUUGGGGUGGUCUCAGCUUCAUCCCCCGCGUCAAAGCGUCUCUUAUGUUAUCGUAUGAUUUUCUUCGUCUAUAUAUCAAUGCAUUUGCUUUCCAGGCAAACCUAAAUCGCAUUGUCCGACGAUCAAAGAAGAGACCAUCGGGUCCUUUAUUCUCGGAACUCGCCGCUGCCCCAGAUGCAAGGUUCAUUUACGAGUCUAUCGACGCAGCAAAUUCUAUCUUAUGCACGCUCAACAGCUUCAUAGACCCCACUGAAGCUUUUAAGUAUAUGCCGCUCAAGUUUUAUCUUUAUGUUAUCUAUGCUGCAGUAUUUCUAUUCAAGGCCAUUUUUGCUGGAGCUAUCAAACCGUCAGAAGCUCGAGGCGUGCGCCGUGCUAUCUACGAGACUAUUUCUCGUCUACAGAAAACUUCAAAUAACCAACAGGGUCUUGGUCAGCGCUACGCCAGGUCUCUUAGACUUCUGUGGCUGAAGAUGCUCGGAAAGUCGAGAUCACGGAACCCCGAAGUUGAAGGACGAUCAGACUCGUUGGCCUUGACCAGCAACGGAGCUUUACAGUCACAAGCGGAAUCAAGCGAAGGACAUAUGAACUCUGAUCCAUUCAACAGCUUCUCUUGGAAGGAUCUGCAUUCUUUGGGGGAGUUUAUAUCAAAUGAUGGGACCUCACUUUUCAAUGAUAAUUUCAUCAUAAGUCCAGAACAGGACUCGGUACAAGGGGCUGAGGGGCCUGAACAUUUCAGCGGGAACUUUUAUUCUGGCUCGCUGGGUGAGAUCGAUAUCAUAUUCUAA